CUCGCCGUUAUGGCUGCAGCAGCCAACCUUCCUCCUCAAAUUUUAGAAUCAAUUUUCUCCUAUUUAAAUAUAUCUGAUUUAAGAACAUGUUCCUUAGUGUGUAAGAAAUGGUAUAAGUUUUUGAACGAUGAAAAUAAUGAUGUAUGGCGGUUCCACUGCAUACGAAAAGUGACAGAACAAGUUCUAAAGUCUGACAUUUUGAAAAACGUUCCAACAUAUAAAGCGAAACUGCGAGCUUUUUUCCAUAAUUGGAAUUUAAAUGAUUGUUCUAAAAACAUUGUAGUGAAAUCUGGCGGAUUUACAGUUCAUAGAAAUCCAGUAGCUCAAAGUACGGACGGAGCUAGAGGGAAAAUAGGUUUUAGGACAGGUCGACAUUGUUGGGAAGUGUGGUGGGAAGGACCGUUAGGGACAGUAGCUGUGAUCGGAUUAGCAACUAAAAAAGCUUCAUUACAUAAUAUAGGAUAUGUCAGUUUAUUAGGUGGAGACGAUCAGAGCUGGGGAUGGAAUUUAGUUGACAAUCACCUGAUACAUAAUGGUGAUAGUCAAGGCAAUUAUCCUACAUUAAAUAAUGCUCCAACCUAUCAGGUUGGAGAAAGAAUAAGAGUAAUACUUGAUUGUGAAGAUAAUACAUUAGCGUUUGAAAAGAAUUAUGAAUUUUUAGGUGUAGCUUUCCGUGGACUGCCAGACACACCAUUAUACCCCUCAGUAUCUGCAGUUUAUGGAAAUACAGAAAUUUCUAUGGUUUACUUAGGACCACCCUUAGAUGGAUGAUUUUAUGUUUCAUUUUAUAGGCUUUAUAUAAAUUUGUUAAUUGAUAUCUUUAUGGUUGUACUGUUAAAAUAUUCCAUCCAGAAUAUGUGUGUCACUGAAUACAAAGAGAAUUAAACCUACAGUUGUACAGUAUAAUCUUUUAGCAUUAACAUGUUGGUGGCAAAUUGAAAAACAACUUCAUUUUCUAAAAUGAUUCAAGUUGAUUUUCAUAAAUAAAAUAUGUUGUCAUUUAGUAUAACUGAAUGAUUGGUUCAUCUAUUAUAGCAUGUGUACAUUAUGUAUGUGUGCUACUCUUUCAACUGGAUGGAAAUUUUAAUGGACAAUUCUAGUUACAAAAAUGUUAUGUAAUUCAUUUGCAGUGAUCAAUAAGAAAAUGCACUAUUUUACAGGGAACUACUUGCAAGCAUUUUCUUCCUAUAGCUUAAAUGAAUUGAGAAAAUUAAUUAUUUAUACAAUAUCUUUCCCAUUUUAUCAUGAAUGAUCAUUUCAUCAGAUACUCCAACCAUACAUUUGGAAGUAAAGAGUCAGUCAUUAUAUUAAUGAUUUUUUGUUUAUUGCAUUGCAACCUUUCCAAGAUUUUUUAUCUGGAUAUUCUGCAUUCUAUUAUUUAAACAACCAAAACCUAAUGUAUUUGGAUAUAUGUGUAUAUGUAUGUGUGAUCAUGGGUUGGACAGAAAGAUUUUCACAAGUAUUUAUUCAUCUUCCAUAUUUCUUUAUUUUUUUUUUUAAAAGAAAUUGUUUUAGGAAUGAAAAACAAGUGAUUUGCACAUAGCAUAAGGGUGGUAUGUUAUGGUGUAUUGAAUCUGCCCUCAAUAUUUGAUCUUAAAGAAGCAAGAUGCAUGGUUGAUCAUUAAUUAGGGGGUCAAUAUUUAGAUAUAUUUCCUCUGGCUAGGUUCAAGCUGGAUAGAGAAGGGUGCUGCCUUGAUUUCUGUUCUGGAAAAAUUAGUAAAUAAGAAGUAAUUUUUGGAAAAAUCGCAAUUUUCACUUAAAAAAAAACAAACUAGUGUUAAGAAUCCAUUCUGAAAAAUUGGGUUUAUUUCUAUGAUUAUCAAAUCCUGCAUUGGAUAACUUAAAGGUACAUUUAAAAAUUCCACAGUGACUUAGAUUAUUAUUUGUGAGAAAGUAUUUAAAACACUGUAAUGACAAUUAGUUUUACUUGUAAAUGAAGUGCUAAUAAACUUAACACAUAGUGCUGCAUGAAUUUGACAAUUUGUAAGUUUAGCUAUGAAUCCCUAAAACAAAGAUGUUGAAUGUUGAUCACAGUUCUUACUGGUCAGAUGUGAUGUACUUUUUUUGGAUAGUCUGAUUAAUAUUUUUCUGUAAUGUUUACAUUAUUGUUAAGAAAUAAUGCAUAAUACUAUUGUAGCUAGUCCAUUAUGGUUGGAAAUAGUUUUACUGGUAAACGACAUAAGAUUUGUGUACCAGUAAUAAACAUUAAAUGAUCUUGAAAUAAUCAGAAGAAAAAGAUUUAUAGAAUAUUUUGAUAGAAAAGCAUUUAAAACACAUGUGAUAUGUUGUCUUUUUCUUAUGAUAUUUGGUGAGCACAAAUUAUGGACUUGUGAUUAAGUAAACUAUUAAGUCAGAAUGCGAAAUUAACUUAUUUCUCAUUCCAUAACACUUUUUACACUACAAUAUUUUUGUUUAAUUUAAAUAUACUGUGGAUUCAUUUAUUUUUGUGGAUACCAAUUUUUAUAGAUCGAGGAAAAAUUGUAUUUUUGUGGAUAUUUGAUUAAGUGGUUUUGCAAAAGUUUGUACACAAACCUAUAGACGAUUUAUACUGUGUCGAACAUUAGAAUUUGUGGUUUCCCUUUACCCAAAAAAUUAACAAAAAUUGGUAUCCCACAUAUAACAAUGCAUCCACAGUAUACAGAUUGAUGAGAGUACAAUGCAAUUUCUUUUUAAAAUAGUUGCAAAUCCUUUGUGAUUCAAAUAAUCUUACCUAAAAAAAUGUUCAUCUUCAUCCUUUUUUCAAAACAACUAUACAAAUCUGAGAUCGAGAUAAAUAAGACUGUUUACAUUUGUCAGCCAUCUUUUUAAAUGGGUUUGGUAAACCAUAAUUAAAUUACUGAACAAAAUUUUAUUGGCAGCUUCAUUACUUCAAUGUAUUUUGUAAUUGUAACACAAAUACACUUGUAUGUUAUUUAACAAGGCCAUUAUGAAUGUGAACAUUGAGUUCUUACUGUAUCUGUUUUAAACACAAGUGUUUAGUAAUUUAUUAAUUAUGGAAUUAAAUGUUCGUAUUAGACAAAAAGUGUGUAUCAUGAAAUUUGAAUGUGAUAUGCAAGAAUUAAGAAUCAUGAGAACAAACAUUUUGAGAUCAUAAUUGUUUUUGUUUUUAUAUACUAUAUAACAAGUUAUCAUUCAAAUCAUGAAAUGUUGAAUUUUUAUAACUUUGAAACCAUGAAUUAUGAGGAAUAUGCAUAAACAUUAAUAGACAUCGUAUAGGCUUUUAAAGAGUUUAUAUUUUGCAACGGAUUCAAUAUUCAGGUUUAGUAAGCAAUUACAUUUUUUGUAGUAUAUUACAAAGGUGAUCCAUUAGGAUUUUAGUGUUGUUGAAUCAAUUAAUUUUGUUGGUAUCAAUUUUUGUGAUUCGAGAAAUAUUUGCUAUUUCGAUUUCCUACCAAAGGUCUUCAUCAACCAAUAAAAACUGACCGCCAUGAAAUAGCUGGAUAGUGCUGAAAGUGUCGUUAAACAUCUACAAUGCUAUUUCGGUGUACCUAAUUUAUAGGUAUCACCAUUUGCUGCUAUCAAAGUAAUUACGUGUAGUAUUUUGUUGAAUACUUUAAAUUCACCCCUUAUUCAUGACACUUCCAAGUUUAUGGAUUUAAAUGUGCACACCACACUCACCAGAUUAUCACUAGUAGUUAGGAAUAUGAACAUUUAUGAUUUGUACUGUGUUUGCACAUUAUGUAAUAGCCAUAUGCCUUCACUAUUUAUAGAUUUUUACUCGAGUCAUUACAAAGGAGAGAUAGGCAUAGUUUUAGAAAUAUUGGAAUUUUUUUUCCAAUGUAACAGUAUAAAUCAUGCAAGUGUUUAUCAUUUUUUCUUUAUGAACUUAUGAAUUUUUUGGUAUAUGAUAUUAAUAAAAGGAGAUGUGAUGUGGAUGUCAAUGAGACAACAACCUAAUAAAUCAGAAAAACUGAACAGAAAAGACUUAUUUUGUGUGAAUUAUUUUUACUCAGUGUAUACCUUUUUAUGGAUUUCAUAGGGAAAGGAAUAUGAUUACACAAAGCAAUUCAUGGAUGUAACUUUGUUAAUAACUUAAUAGCAAUCCAAUUGUUAAUAACUUAAUAGCGAUCCAAUAUAAUCUUAAGAAUAAUUUUUUUUUCUAAAGCACAAAAAUUGAUACCUACAUAGUUGAAUCAAUAUAAAAAAAAUUUAGUAAUAGUUAUUAAUUAAAAUUAGAUAAUUUUAAGCAUUGUCAAAAAAAUACAGCCAUUGGAACAUUUUUGGGGAAAACCCUUGCACAUUUGUACUCCCAGGGAUUUUCAUUUUCAUUCAUUCACUGUUAAAAUAGGGAUAAACAUCAAAGUUAGAUGAAGAUUUCUUAACUCUUUUUGUUUGAAUGACAGCAUAUCUAUUUAACCUCACAUUUGAAUUGUAAAUCAUUUAUUGUCUUUUUGUGCAUUUGAUUUGAAUCAAUAUACACAGAACAGGUCCUUAGAAUUUUAUAUGUGUUUGUGAAUGAAAUUGAAGCCAUUGUAUAUUCAUAGGAAUGUCUGUAUCUUUUAUUGUACAUUAAAAAGUUGUGUUAUCAUCUUGGAUUUGUGCCAACAUUUUCAUGAUAUUUUUGUGUGUAUAUAAUAGAUUGAAUAUACCUGA